AUGGCAGACGACAAUAAACAAAGCCCAAAGAGUACCAUCCCUGUCCCAACAGAACAAAUCGAUGUCGAGGAUGGUCAAUCCGAAACAUUCCACAAAACUGCUUACGAUGCAGCUCUGAAACUCGCUGCCGCCCACGAAGGCGAAGAAUUAGACUCGGCUGCUGAGAAGAGACUAAUCAAGAAGAUUGACUGGUACUUGAUGCCAUUGAUGUGUUUGACUUAUGCUUUGCAAUACUAUGAUAAAGUAAUGAUUGGCCAUGGUGCCAUCUUUGGACUAAGACAGGACCUGGAUCUCGUCCAAGGGCUUCGAUACUCGAAUUGUACCAUGAUCUUCUUCUGUGGUUUCAUUAUUGGCUGUUAUCCUCUUUCACUUCUUGGACAGAAGUUGCCCACUGCCAAGGUCUGUGCCGGCAUCUGCUUCUGCUGGGGCGCAGUGGUGCUGUCGACGCCUGCUUGUCAUUCUUACGGAGGUUUCAUGACGAACCGUUUCUUCCUUGGUCUCAUAGAGUCAGGCGUUUCUCCAGUCUUUAUGCUGGUUACAUCCAAGUGGUAUACCAACAGUGAACAAGUCCUCAGAAUGGGCUUUUGGUAUUCUAGUAGUGGUGCUGUCAACCUCAUCUCGCCACUCAUCAACUACGGCCUCGGUAGCAUCAACGGCAGCGUCGCGGGCUGGCGUAUUCUUUACAUCUUUGCGGGCUCGAUAACAAUCUUGUGGUCAUUCGUUGUCUAUGCUCUUUUCCCAGAUUCGCCUGCCACAGCAAAACGCCUCACAGGGGGUGAACGAGCCAUGGCAAUUUUGCGACUGCGACAUAACAACACCGGCUUCGAGAACACAAGGUUGAAGCCAAAGCAGAUCUGGGAGACUUUGUUGAGCUGGCAAUUCUGGUCUGUCUGCUUACUUUCGAUGCUCUGCAGCACCGCCACGAGCGCGGCCAACACAUUUUCCACAUUGGUCUUUAACGGUAUGGGGUACAGCAUUUUCCACACACUUCUUUUCAACAUUCCUCUCGGAGCCAUGGCUAUCAUCACCAUAGUUGGCUCUGGGUGGUUGGGCCGAACGUAUCCAGGCAUGAGACACCACUUCUACACCCUUGCAUGCAUUCCUGUUAUCGUGGGUUGUCUUCUCUUGUGGCAACUACCACGAACUCAAACAGCUGGACGAAUCAUUGGUAUCUAUCUGGUAACUUUCUUUGGAUCUUGCUAUGUUCAGGUUAUAUCCUUUGGCACAUGCAAUUUUGCUGGGUAUACGAAAAAGUCCAUGGUCGCUGCUGGGACCUUUGUGGCUUAUUGCCUGGGAAAUAUCAUCGGCGCGCUUUUGUUUGACGCGAAAUUUGCCCCGGGCUAUAAUCAGUCAUUUAUUGGCAUCAUGGUGUGCUAUGUUGUUGCCAUGGUGGUUUGUCAGGUAACGAGGUUCAUGCUGGCGAGGGAGAAUAGGAGACGCGACGCAGAAUAUGGUCCCCCUGGCAUUAGCCAUGGGCUGGAAGACAUGACUGAGAAGGAAAAUAAGGAUUUUAGUGAUUCAAUUGGCAUUUAUGUACUGUGUACUCUGUACUUCACCCAGCUGAAGAGCUGGGGCAAGUAA